AUGUCUUCGGUAGUGGAAACGGCGUCACCGCACCUCCGAAUGGCCGCCGCCAAGGCAAAGAACUCGGCCUCAGAAACCUCGCAACGCAUUUCGCCGCCGGAGACCUCCUCGGUGGACGACCACUUCUUCUGGACAUACACUGAAGAACCGCACCGCUCACGACGUCAGGCAAUUAUCAAGGCUCAUCCAGAGGUUACAAAACUCUGCGGCCCUACAUCUCUCACAAAAUGGGUUGUUCUCGGCGUUGUCUCCCUGCAAAUCACCUGCGCAUACCUCCUCCGUAACACUCCUAUCCUCGACUGGAAGUUCCUGGCUACAGCAUACGUGAUCGGAGCCACCUCCAACCAGAACCUGUUCCUCGCUAUCCACGAGAUUUCCCAUAACCUGGCAUUCCGCUCGCCAUUGGCAAACCGCCUGUUGGCUAUCUUUGCGAACCUCCCCAUCGGAUUGCCAUACAGCGCUGCAUUCAGGCCCUACCACCUGACACACCACAAGUCCCUCGGCGUAACAGGCCUGGACACCGAUCUCCCCACCGCACUGGAAGCCUUCUUCCUAAACUCCCUCCUAGGAAAGACAUUCUUCUGCACCUUCCAAAUCCUCUUCUACGCCGUGCGCCCCAUGUUCAUCUACAGCCCACCCUUCACCUUAGUCCACCUCCUCAACCUGUUCGUGCAACUAAGCUUUGACUACGCCUUCGUCCGCUUCGCUGGCUCCUGGCAACCGAUUUACUACCUGAUCGCCAGCUCCUUCCUCGCAGGCUCCCUCCACCCCUGUGCAGGCCACUUCAUCGCCGAGCACUACUUCUUCUCGAACGCCAAGAACGGCGGCACAGAAUCCCUCACCGAGCUGAAGAACUUAAAGACCAACCCGCCUUCCAAGACCGAAGCCCCCCACCCCCUUGCAGACCUGGCCCCGCCCGAGACCUACUCUUACUAUGGCCCGCUGAACAUCCUGACAUAUAACGUGGGUCUGCACAAUGAACACCAUGAUUUCCCUGCUAUCCCCUGGACCAGAUUGCAUAAGUUGCAUUCUAUUGCUAGGGAGUUCUACGAGCCGCUGCCUUGCCACAGAAGCUGGGUGUGGGUUAUCUACACUUUCAUUCUGGACAGCAAUGUCGGACCUUGGUGCCGCGUUAAGCGUGCGCAGGGUGGACGUGUUGUCGGCGGGGGAGGCACAGGUAAGAAGGAGUAUACAGGCCGUGGAGGCGAGGGGAUCUCAGCUGCAUCGGCCGGACCGGCUGGCGAGGAAGGCGAUGGAUGGAAAGAGAGUGAGAUCCAGUGUUGA